GUUAGCUCCGCCACACAGUCGCUGGAAGGCAAGCUGAGAGCUUCGUCCAGUCUGCUCUGCCUCCAUCUGUCCAUCCAGAAGGGCCAGCACUGAACGGUCGGGUGCCGCAGGAAUAUGACCAGGGUGCAAGCCUAAGUCACCACGAGACUGGACUGCGCGCACUUUGCUCAGGGCAUUGGUGAUUCAGCACAAAAUGAGGAAGUCUCAGCACUUUCCACUAGUUGCCCUCCUGGGCUUGGUAUUGAUAGCCUGGCACUCUCCUGUCAAAGCUCAGGCUGCCAGCGCCCCGGCUGUGACCGCAGAUAUAAUCUUUCUAGUGGAUUCAUCCUGGAGCAUUGGCAAAGAUAACUUCCAAUUCGUCAGGGAGUUUCUGUACAAAGUGGUAAAGGCUUUAAAGACGGGCGGCGGCGACUUUAAGUUCGCCUUGGUGCAGUACAGCGGAUCCCCCAAAACUGAGUUCCAGUUGAGCACCUACGCCAGCGUGCAGGAUGUGCUCUUCCACAUUUGGAGCAUGCCGUACUUGGGGGGCGGCACCAGGACGGGCCUGGGCUUGGAGUACCUGAUCGAGCAGCACCUGACGGCGGCGGCCGGCAGCAGAGCCAGCGAGGGCGUGCCUCAGGUGGUGGUGGUGCUGACGGACGGCCGCUCCCAGGACGACGUCAUCCCGCCGUCGUCGGUCCUCCAGUUAGCCGACGUCGACGUGUUCGCUGUGGGAGUGCAUCACGCGGUCGAAUGGGAGCUCAAGGAGAUGGCCAGCAAGCCGCUAGAGAGGCACAUGUACAACGUAGCCAACUUCAGUGCCUUGCGCGACGUAGUAGGCGAUUUAGUGGACAAUGUGUACGCCGCCGUGGCUCCGUCUGCGCCGGCGGAAGUGGCAGGAGUAAAUUCGGACGUUUCAGCACAAGAGUCGACCGACCUUUUAUUCGUAAUUGACGGAUCAGACAACAUCGGAGCUGCUAACUUCCCGCUUGUCCGCGAUUUUGUUCUUAAUUUCAUUGACAAUCUCGAAGUGGGAGCGGACACGAUAAGAGUUGCUGUAAUGCAGUAUAGCAAUGAGCCUCAGACUGAGUUCUAUUUAAAUACGUACGGCACCAAAACCCAAGUUCUGGAUGCUGUGAAGGAACUCAGGUUCAAAGGAGGAGAAGAGGCUAACCUCGGCGCCGCUCUGGACGCGGUGCUGCAGACCCACUUUACGGAAGGUGCAGGGGGACGAGCAGAUGAGGGGGUGCCCCAGACCGUAGUGGUGGUCAGUGCUGGCAAGUCCACUGACGACUUUAGGCUGGGGGAGAUGGCCCUUAAGCAGGCUAGCAUAUAUACGUUUGGAGUGGGGGCUGGCAUCACGGAGUCCUCCGAACUUGAGCAGAUCGCUACGGACCCCAGCUUUGUGUUUUCAACCCCUGAUCUGAGUGCCAUUGACGUACUGCAGGAUCAGCUGCUGCCAUACGUUAGAGGGGUAGCCCAGCGCACUGUUGUCAUUCAUCGGUCCAGUGUUGUUGGAGAAGCUGUGCAGGUGAGCAGGAGGGACAUCGUAUUCCUUAUCGACGGUACUGCCAACAUGGGCAACACCUAUUUUAUGAGCAUUCGAGAUUUUAUCGCCAAAUUUAUCGAAGAGCUUCCAAUCGGACCAGAUUUGGUUCAGGUUGCUGUGGCACAAUUCACCAAUGACGUGAGAGUCGAGUUUGACCUCAACACCCACGACUCGACCGAAGCAGCCGCCGAGGCGGUCCGCAAGUUGAAAAUACGAGGUGGGCAAGUGGCCAAUGUAGGCGCUGCCCUGGAGUUUGUCAGGAACAACAUGUUCACAAGUGCCAAAGGCAGCAGGAAGGAUGCCAAUGUGCCACAGCUCUUCAUGAUUCUGAGCGCCAGCAGGUCCGCCGAUGACUUCCAGGAUGCCGCCACAGAGCUCAAAGCCAGCGGGGUUCUAACUCUGGCCGCUGGCUCCAAGAAUGCCGACUCUAACGACCUCCAGCAGAUUGCACUGGAUAAAGACACCGUGUUCAUGUUUAAAGAUUUCCGAAUGCUCGCCAGAAACCCCAAAACAAUAAAGGACCUGCUGAAGACCCUGUCUGGAACCAUAAGCACCGAGGGACCGACCGAAGUUAUAGAAACAACAACAUCAGUGCGAAAAGUCGUCCGAGACAUUGUCUUCCUUGUUGACGGAUCUAGCUUGGUCAAUGCUCCCAACUUUAUCCUCGCCCGUGAAUUUAUCGCCAGCGUUAUCAGAAAUCUGCCAGUUAGGCCUGAUCGAGUUCGGAUUGGCCUGCUACAGUUCAGCAAUGAUCAGCGUGAUGAGUUUUUCCUGAAGGACUACUCCACUCAAGAAGAGGUCCUUGCAAAAGUUGGAAAGCUGCGGCCAAAAGGUGGCCAGCCUGUAAAUACCGGUGCCGCCCUCGACUAUGCGCUCAAGAACCAUUUCACAAGGGCAGCGGGUUCAAGGAAACACGAGAGGGUUCAACAAGCUCUCGUGCUCAUUACGAACAGCAAAUCAAAAGAUGAUGUGAAGGUGCCUGCUGAUCGGCUCGCUGCCUCUGGCGUGCUAGUGUACACGGUUGGAGUGGGCCGUGCCGAUUCCCAGUAUUUGGAGUCAAUUGCUUUUCACCCCAGUCUGUCCUUUUAUGAAAGCUCCUUCGCCGGAUUGAAAGAUGUGGUCGGAAGACUGGACGGUCCUUUAGUGUCAGUAGUUGGAGAGGUGGAAGUGAAAAACCAGAAGGAUAUUGUCUUCCUGGUUGAUGGCUCGAACAACGUUGGAGAUGACUUCCCAAGUAUCCGUGACUUCAUUUUACGAUUCAUUGAGCCUCUUGAUAUUGGCAUUGACCAGAUCCGUUUUUCUGUGAUCCAAUAUAGUGACCAGCCAAAUGCUAAUUUUUAUUUGAAUACGUAUUCAACCAAAGAGCAAGUUGUCAGUGCAGUUAAUGGCAUGACCCUUUUACAAGGAGAUUCAGCAAACCUUGGUGCUGCACUAACCUUCCUGAAAGACACUGUUUUCACACAAACUUAUGGAAGCAGAAUUUCUGAGAAAGUCCCACAGAUCUUGGUAGUCUUGUCUACACAGCGCUCCCGAGAUAGUGUACGGAGUCCUGCUAUUGCUCUCAAAACAGCAGGCGUGGCGCCUCUCGCCAUUGGCGCCAAGAAUGCCGAUGCCAAUGAGAUGAAACUUGUGGCUAUUGACCCUUCAUAUUCCUUUGUUGUCAGUGAUGUUCCUGGAAUUUCUGCAAUAGAGCAGCAGAUUUCGUCCCUGGCAUCUGCCCUCACCGCUGAGGAUGUUGAAACGUUGGUAUCAAAAGUUGAGCAAGAAGAUGUUAGAAGAGAUAUCGUGUUUCUCUUCGAUGGAACAAAUGAUGCUAGAAAUGCAUUGCCUGCAAUCCGAGAGUUUAUUCGAAGAAUAGCAAACAACCUUGAAGUGGAGGAGGACAAAGUUCGUAUUGCUGUCGUGCAAUACAGUGAUGAUGCAAAGACACAUUUCAAGUUGAAUACGUACAAAACACAAAAGGCGGUGGUGAAUGCAGUGAGAAGCAUGAAACCUAAAGGAGGGACAAUCUUAAAGACUGGGGCAGCACUGCAGUUUGUAAAAGACAACGUCUUGAGCACGUCCGCCGGCAGCAGGGUCCAGGAGGGUGUUCCUCAGCUUCUCAUCGUACUGAGCGGUGGAAAGUCUGCAGAUGAUGUGGCCGCUCCAUCCAAAGCGUUAAAGCGGAAGGGCGUGAAGACUUUGAGUAUCGGAAUGAAGAACGUGGAUAAGAGCGAGCUGCUGACUCUUUCUUCGUCUCCAGAGUUCUUUUUUAACCUGACUGAAUUCGGCGAGCUGUUAUCCAUCGAGCCACAGAUUUCAUCCCUGAUUAAAACCAAACUGGGCGGUAAAGAUCCAACUCCAGAGGAAAGCAUCUCUGGGACAAAGGAUGUUGUGUUUCUGAUUGAUGGCUCCGACGACACUGCAGAUGGUUUCCCAGCAAUACUUGAUUUCCUUCAGCGAGUAGUUGAGAGCCUUGAUGUGGACAGAGAUAAAGAUCACGUAGCUUUGGUUCAAUAUAGUAACGAGCCAUCGCCUCAUUUCUACCUGAAUGCACUUUCCACCAAAGACGAGGUGCUUGGCAGUAUAAGGAGCCUCCGGCACAAAGGGGGCAGACCCCUUAACACUGGAGCAGCUCUGCAGUUCGUGAAGGACAACGUCUUCACUCGUUCUGCUGGGAGCAGGUACGGUGAUGGGGUUCCUCAGGUUUUAAUUUUACUGUCUGGUGAAAGGUCGAGAGAUGACAUCAGAGGGGCGGUGAAUGCACUGAAGCAGUCUGGAGUUCUGAUGUUUUCUGUUGGAGUCAAUAAUGCCGACCUCCCAGAGCUGCAGACAAUCUCACACAAGCCCACUUAUGUCUUCGCCGCCUAUGCCUUUAAGGAUCUUCGAGAUGUCCAUGUGCAGCUUCUGCCAGCAGUACGCCAGGCGAUUGAAGAGAAAUAUGGGAUCUCGCAUUUGCCACCGUGGGUCAAAGCUGAAGUAGAAACCGCCAAGAGGGACAUUGUGUUUCUGAUUGAUGGCUCAGAUGACAGUAGAAUGGGAUUCCUGGCAAUGGCUCAGUUUAUGUAUAAUUUGGUGGAAGACUUAAAUGUGGAGGGCGCCAAAGACCACAUAGCUGUGGUUCAGUAUAGCAAUGAGCCCGAAGUCGAUUUCUAUCUGAAUGCCCACACAGCUAAGGAUGACGUCCUACGUGCCAUACAAGGCCUUAGGCAUAAGGGAGGCAGGCCCCUCAACACUGGCGCAGCCUUGGACUUUGUGCAGGACAAGGUUUUCACCUCUUCUGCUGGCAGCAGACAUCUUCAUGGUGUGGCACAGGUCUUGAUCCUGCUGCUGGCUGGGAGGUCGGCAGAUGAUGUCAGCUCCUCGGCAAGUUCUGUUAAAUAUCGUGGAGUGGUACCUUUAGCCAUUGGUGUGAAAAAUGCAGAAAUUGGUGAAUUACAAGCCAUUUCAUUCGAUCCAUCCUACGCAUUAUUCAUUCCUAAUUUUGGUGACCUCUCCACGAUUAAGGAACAGAUAUUGUCCUCAAUGGCUCAAGUGACUGGUCUAACCAGACCAGAGUCACCAACUGUCUUAGUUGAACAAGAAGUGACAAAACGAGAUGUUGUGUUUCUGCUUGAUGACUCUGAUGAUUCGAGGGAUGAAUUUCCUCAGAUCCAGCAAUUUGUUGAAUCAUUUGUAGAGAAUCUGAACGUGGGAAGCAGCAAAGACCGCGUGGCGGUGGUGCAGUACAGCAACGAGCCCACUAGCACAUUUGACCUAAAUUCAUAUUCUACCAAAGAAGAGAUUGUUGGCGCCAUACGUGGCAUGCUACACAAGGGCGGCAGAGAGCGUAACACCGGCGUAGCGCUGCACUUUGUUAAGGACUUUGUCUUUACUCCUGCUGCGGGGAGUCGAAACACACAAGGAGUUCCGCAGAUGUUACUCCUGCUGACUGGCGGCCGAUCCGACGAUGACCUUGGCGACUCAGCAGCUGCUUUAAAGCGACUUGGGGUGGUGCCGUUUGGCAUUGGGACAAGAAAUGCAGAUAAUCUUGAGCUGCAAACAGUCUCCUAUGAUCCCCGCUACGUUCUGUCUGUCAAUGACUUUGGUGAGCUGCCAAAUAUUCAACAGCAGCUUCUCUCCUUUGUGAAUAGGAUCACCAGGCAGAGACCACCGAUAUUGACGACGCCUGGAGUCGAAACAGACGCCGGCAGGAGGGACAUUGUGUUUCUGCUUGAUGGUUCUGAAAACACUAGAAAUUCAUUCCCUGCCAUCCAGGAAUUUGUUAAAACCGUGGCAGAAAAAUUUGACGUUGGGACAAAGAAAGCUCAGAUCUCUGUUGUACAGUACAGCGAUGACCCCGAGGCGAUGUUUUAUCUAAAUUCUCAUCCGACCCAGGAAAGUGUCCUUCGUGCAAUAGCUAGUCUGCAGCACAAAGGCGGCCGAGCUUUAAAUACUGGCAAAGCCCUGCAGUUUGUGAAGGAGAAUGUCUUUAUUACGUCCGCUGGCAGCAGACAUCUCGAGAGCGUCCCCCAGGUUUUAGUUGUCAUAGCUGGUGGCAGGUCAACUGAUGACAUUCAGGAUCCGAUAAGAGCUCUGAAACAGUCCGGGGUUGUGCCCUUUGGCAUUGGCACUGUCAACACUGACACGCUGGAGUUGCAGUCUUUGUCUUACACCCCAAGCUUUGCCUUUUCUGUGGCUGAAUUUGUGGAUCUUCCAAAAAUCGGGCAGCAGUUGUCCUCACUGAUUGCAAGAGUUAAUGUCCAAAGGGAGUUAGAAACACCAGCUGCCAAAGCAGAGGUCGACUCCGUCAAAAGGGAUGUCGUGUUUCUUCUCGAUGGCUCUGACGACGCUAGCAAUACAUUUGCAGCAGUUCGGGACUUUGUUUUAAGUGUCGUACAAAGCCUCGAUGUGGCUGAAAACCGAGACCGAGUGGCUGUUGUCCAGUACAGCAAUACUGCAGCCACGGACUUCCACUUAAACUCCUACUCGACAAAGGAGAGCGUGCUAAAGGCAGUGAGGAAUCUGAAAGCCAAAGGCGGGACGCCCCACUACACCGGAGCGGCGCUGCAGUAUGUGAAGGACAAUCUCUUCACUCCUUCGGCGGGCAGCAGACAUCUAGACGGGGUCCCACAGAUUCUGGUUGUGCUCGCCAGUGAAAGGUCGAGAGACGCCAUUAGAGGCCCUGCCGCUGCCCUGAAAAGACAGGGAGUUGUGACCUUUGGCAUCGGGACCCGCGAUGCUAAUAUUCUCGAGAUGCAGACUCUCUCCACCGAGCCCAGUAACGCUUUCACUGUCUCUGACUUUGGGGACCUGCCCAACAUUCAGCAGCAGCUUCUGAUUAAAGUCGCCAGACAAACGGCGCCGGACUCCUCGGCGGUCCCAGUGGCAUCAGAAGGAGCCAAAAGAGACAUUGUGUUUUUAAUGGAUGGAUCUGAGGAGAACAAAAGCGCAUUCCCUGCACUGCGUGAAUUUGUGACAAAGAUGGUGGAGAAUCUGCUUGUGGCGGGAGACGAGGACCGUGUAGCGGUGGUUCAGUUCAGUGACGUAGCCGAGCCGGCUUUCUACCUUAACACUUACUUAAGAAAGGAGGAGAUCCUAAACUUUGUGCAAGGCCUCCGGCCCAGAGGAGGCAGUCCCCGCAAUACUGGCGCAGCUCUGCACUUUGUAAAGGACAAUGUCUUUGUGCCAUCUGCCGGGAGUCGGCUCCGUGAAGCCGUACCCCAGAUUCUCAUUUUGUUGACGUCUGGAAGGUCGGAAGAUGACAUCCGAGCUUCAGCAAAUGCACUGAAGCAAAUGGGAGUGGUGCCUUUGACAGUGGGAGACAGCAAUGCGGACACCCUUGAACUGCAGAUGGUUGCCUUCGAACCUUCGCAUGCUUUCUCGCUUCCUGAUUUCGACGAUCUUCCAAGAAUCCAGCAGCAGCUCUUGACUUUUGUAAGAGGAGUUGUGGGGCAGGGACGACCAGAAGUGCCGACGGUCUUGGUUGACAGAGAGGGUGCCAAACGAGACAUCGUCUUUCUGCUUGAUGCCUCUGAUGACACCGCCGAUGGAUUCCCCUCAUUGCGUGAAUUUCUAGUGAAAAUUGUGGAACAUCUUGACAUGGAUGGCAAUAGAGAUCGAGUAGCUGUGAUUCAGUAUAGCAAUGAACCAGUAACCAGCUUCUAUCUUAACACAUUCUUAACGAAGCCGGAUGUCCUCGAUGCCUUGAGAGCCCUAAGACACCUUGGGGGCCCACUUCGCAAUGCUGGUAGAGCUCUAGACUUUGUAAAGAAAAACAUCUUUGUACCUUCAGCUGGCAGCAGACACCUUGAUGGAGUCCCACAGGUUUUAAUUUAUGUGUCUGGCGGAAGAUCCCGUGACGAUGUCAGAGCAGCGGUGACUGCUCUGAAGCAGCAGGGAGUCGUGCCAUUUAGUGUCGGAACAAGCGAGGCGGAUACGCUCGAGCUGCAGACGGUCUCCUAUGAUCCUAGCUUUGCCCUGUCGGUGCCAGGCUUUGAUCGACUGGAUUCUGUUGAGCAGCAGUUAUUGUCCAGACUGAAAAGAGUGGACAGGCUGAGAACCCCCGAGCCCCCCGUCUUAGUCGAAAGAGAAGGUGCCGAAAGAGAUGUUGUUUUUCUGGUUGAUGGCUCUGACGAAACUAGAAAUGGAUUUCCUGCAGUUCAAGAAUUUCUCAUAAGGCUGGUCGAGAAACUCGAUGUGCAACCAAACAAAGACCGAGUAUCGGUGGUGCAGUACAGUAACGAUGCAGACGUUCAGUUCUAUCUCAGCACAUAUUUCACAAAGGAAGAUGUCCUUAAUGCCAUAAGGCAGCUGAGACAUAAAGGAGGCAAAGCGCUCAACAUGGGAGCGGCGCUGCACUUUGUUAAGGACAACGUCUUCAUUCCGUCCGCCGGUAGCAGACUCCAUGCCGGCGUACCUCAGGUUCUAACCGUGCUCUCUGCAGGACGGUCCACGGACGACAUUAGAGGGCCUGUGAGCUCCCUAAAAAAACUGGGAGUGGUGCUUUUUGGAAUUGGGAUUCAAAAAGCCGAUACGCUGGAGCUGCAGAUAAUCUCCCACGAUCCUAGCUUUGCAAUGUCUGUCCCGGAGUUUAGCGACCUUGUCGGUAUCCAGCAGCAAUUCUUGUCCACUAUGACAAACAUUCCAGGAGAGAAAAAAAACGAUUUGCAAGGACACUUGGAAGAUGGAAACACAGAUGUGGUGUUUCUGCUUGAUGGCUCAGAUGAUAAUAAAAACGGAUUCAAAGCCAUGUGCGAGUUUAUAAUAAAAGUGGUGGAGAACUUUGAUGUGCAGACAAAGAGAGAUCAGGUUGCGGUGGUCCAGUACAGCGAUGAAGUUGCAGUUCAUUUCUUCCUCAACACGUUCUCCACAAAUGGCGAGGUCAUCAGUGCGAUAAGAAGCAUGCAGCCUAGGGGUGGUGGCCCCCUCAGCACUGGGAAGGCGCUGCAGUUUGUCAAGGACAAGGUGCUGGUUAGUUCUGCGGGCAGCAGGCGGGCUGCUGGGAUUCCCCAGUUUCUAAUUCUGCUGACUAGUGGGAAGUCAAGAGAUGACGUUAGACGUGAAGCACUGGCUUUGAAACGCCUUGGGAUUCUGAGUUUUGGUGUUGGAGCCCAAAAUGCUGAUACUCUUGAAUUGCAGACCAUCUCACACGAUCCAAGUUUUGCUUUGUCAGUAUCUGACGUUGACGACCUUUCAUUAGUUCUGCAACCAUUGUCAUUCUUUAUGAGGCUUUCCAUGCAGAAGCGACCAGAAACGCCGACAUUUGCUGUUGAAUUUCAAGGAUUUCAAAAGGAUGUGGUGUUUGUGUUGGAUGGUUCUGAUGACACUAGAAAUGGAUUCCCUGCAAUGCGCGACUUUAUUCAGGGAGUCGUGGAGACCCUGGACGUGCAGGAAGACAAAGACCGGGUGGCGGUGGUGCAAUACAGCAAUGACCCGGAGGCCAACCUCUUCUUCAACUCGCAUUCCACAAAGGAAGACGUCCUGAAUGCGGUGAGGGGCCUCAGGCACAAAGGCGGCCGGCCUCUGAACACUGGCGCGGCUCUUCAGUUUGUGAGAGACGCCAUCUUGAGCAGCGCUGCGGGCAGCAGACACGGCAGUGGUGUCCCUCAGAUCUUAAUUCUCUUAAGUGCGGGCACAUCUGGAGAUGACAUCACAGGACCCGGCAGCGCACUCCGAGAAAUGGGUGUCGUGUCGUUCGCUGUUGGAAUAAGAAAUGCAGACGACAGAGAACUGCAGGCACUUUCUUAUGGGCCCGACUUUGCUUUCACCACAUCUGAGUUCUCAGAGCUGCCCAACGUCCAGCAGCAGAUUGUAUCUUCAUUGAGAGGAAUUGCUGAGGAAAGCACAGAGGCGCCACUAGUCAGUUUGGCUGCUCCCAUGGAUGUGGUCUUUCUGCUUGACGGUUCUGAUGAUAUUAAAAACACAUUCCCUGUAAUGCGCGAUUUUGUUCAGCGCAUAGUGGAGAUGCUGGAGGUGCAGGAAGACAAAGACCGGGUGGCAGUGGUGCAAUACAGCAACGAGCAAGAUGCCAGCCUCUUCCUCAACACGUACUUCACUAAGGAAGAUGUGCUGAGUGCAGUGCGGGCCAUCAGGCACAAAGGCGGCAGGCCUCUGAACACUGGCGCGGCUCUUCAGUUUGUGAGAGACGCCAUCUUGAGCAGCGCUGCGGGCGGCAGACACGGCAGUGGUGUCCCUCAGAUCUUAGUUCUCUUAAGUGCGGGCACAUCUGGAGAUGAUGUUAGAGCGCCAAGCAGUGCCCUUAAAAGAAGUGGUGUGGUCAUAUUUGCCAUAGGAACCAAAAACACCGACAGUGAAGAACUUCAGAUGCUUUCCCACAAUGCCACUUUUGCGCUCUCUUUAACUAAUUUCUCUGAUCUGCCAAAUGUCCAGGAGCAGUUAGUAAGGUCAAUGAAGGCCAUUUCUAGAAGGAGGGCCUCACAGUCACCGCUCAUUCCAGUGGGUGUGGAUGGCACUCAAAGAGAUGUGGUCUUUCUGCUCGAUGGUUCCAGUGACACUAGAAACGCAUUCCCCGCAAUGCGUGACUUUGUUCGAAGGAUAGUGGAGACUCUGGAUGUGCAGGAAAACCAGGAUCGUGUAGCAGUGGUGCAAUACAGCAAUGACCAGGAUGCCAGGCUAUUCUUAAAUACGCAUUUCAGUAAGGAAGAUGUGCUCAAUGCCAUCCGAGGCCUCAGGCACAAAGGAGGCAGGCCUCUAAACACGGGCGCGGCGCUGCGCUUUGUCAAGGACAGCGUCUUCAGCAGCUCUGCCGGCAGCAGGCCUGCUGACGUCCCGAAGAUCCUAAUUGUGUUAAGUGGGGGACCGUCUGCAGAUGAUGUUCAGCGCCCUUCUGCUGCUCUCAAACAAAAGGGAGUUUUGUCAUUUAGCAUCGGAGCCAGAAGUGCAGAUGACCCGGAGCUCCAAGCACUUUCUUACCACCCUGACUAUGCUCUCCGUGUGCCUGACUUGUCCGACCUUCCGAGCAUCCAGCAAGCGCUGGUAUCCACUUUAAGGACGCUUUCCAAGAAGAGGCAGCUGAGACCGCCAACCGUCACGGGUGUCCAGCGAGAUAUUGUGUUUUUACUUGACGGUUCUGAUGAUAAUCGAAAUGGAUUUCCAGCAGUCCGUGAUUUUGUCCAAAGAGUCGUUCAAAACAUGGAAGUGGGUGAAAACAAUGACCAGGUGGCUGUGGUGCAAUUCAGCAAUGACCCGGCCGCUAAUUUCUAUCUAAACACUCACUCGACCAAAGAUGACGUUGUGAAUGCCAUACGAAGUCUGAGACACAAAGGUGGCAGACCCCUCAACACGGGGAAGGCGCUUGAAUUUGUCAAGGACAAUGUCUUCAAUCCUUCAGCAGGCAGCAGGCGUCUCCGGGGCGUCCCACAGUUUUUGAUCCUGCUGACCGCAGGGAAAUCGAGGGAUAACGUCCAGAGUGGGGCCUCAGCCUUGAAGGGCCUUGGAGUCGUGCCUUUGGCCAUUGGCACCAGGAACACAGACGCCGAGAGCUGCAGAGUAUCUCAUUGUCCCCUGCGUAUGUCAUUUCUGUGUCGGACUUCGCCGACCUUCCAAAUGUUCAGCAGCAGUUGGAGUCUGUCACGUUACAGAUUCCUGAAGUGGCGCUGCCAUCUUCCAAAUGUUCAAAGUGUGAGGAAGCCUAAUCAGAUACGGUACCCACUUGUGAGGUAUUACGCUUGGCUUGUCAGCGAGCUCUCCUUCGACAUCAGGGAGUGUGAACUUGUAAGUGUGAAAUGUGUCCAGCGAGAUAUUGUGUUUUUACUUGACGGUUCUGAUGAUAAUCGAAAUGGAUUUCCAGCAGUCCGUGAUUUUGUCCAAAGAGUCGUUCAAAACAUGGAAGUGGGUGAAAACAAUGACCAGGUGGCUGUGGUGCAAUUCAGCAAUGACCCGGCCGCUAAUUUCUAUCUAAACACUCACUCGACCAAAGAUGACGUUGUGAAUGCCAUACGAAGUCUGAGACACAAAGGUGGCAGACCCCUAAACACGGGGAAGGCGCUUGAAUUUGUCAAGGACAAUGUCUUCAAUCCUUCAGCAGGCAGCAGGCGUCUCCGGGGCGUCCCACAGUUUUUGAUCCUGCUGACCGCAGGGAAAUCGAGGGAUAACGUCCAGAGUGGGGCCUCAGCCUUGAAGGGCCUUGGAGUCGUGCCUUUGGCCAUUGGCACCAGGAACACAGACGCCGAGAGCUGCAGAGUAUCUCAUUGUCCCCUGCGUAUGUCAUUUCUGUGUCGGACUCACGACCUUCCAAAUGUUCAGCAGCAGUUGGAGUCUGUCACGUUACAGAUUCCUGAAGUGGUGACAGCAGAAACGCCAACGGUCACAGCAGGCAGCAGGCGCUCCGGGCGUCCACAGUUUUUGAUCCUGCUGACCGCAGGGAAAUCGAGGGAUAACGUCCAGAGUGGGGCCUCAGCCUUGAAGGGCCUUGGAGUCGUGCCUUUGGCCAUUGGCACCAGGAACACAGACGCCGAGAGCUGCAGAGUAUCUCAUUGUCCCCUGUAUGUCAUUUCUGUGUCGGACUUCGCCGACCUUCCAAAUGUUCAGCAGCAGUUGGAGUCUGUCACGUUACAGAUUCCUGAAGUGGUGACAGCAGAAACGCCAACGGUCACAGGGAAAUCGAGGGAUAACGUCCAGAGUGGGGCCUCAGCCUUGAAGGGCCUUGGAGUCGUGCCUUUGGCCAUUGGCACCAGGAACACAGACGCCCGAGAGCUGCAGAGUAUCUCAUUGUCCCCUGCGUAUGUCAUUUCUGUGUCGGACUUCGCCGACCUUCCAAAUGUUCAGCAGCAGUUGGAGUCUGUCACGUUACAGAUUCCUGAAGUGGUGACAGCAGAAACGCCAACGGUCACAGUUCGACCAAUUGGUCGCAUGAACAUUUUGAAACAGGGAUUCCAAUCUCAAGGUGCUGCCAUCUUCCAAAUGUUCAAAGUGUGUCCAGCGAGAUAUUGUGUUUUACUUGACGGUUCUGAUGAUAAUCGAAAUGGAUUUCCAGCAGUCCGUGAUUUUGUCCAAAGAGUCGUUCAAAACAUGGAAGUGGGUGAAAACAAUGACCAGGUGGCUGUGGUGCAAUUCAGCAAUGACCCGGCCGCUAAUUUCUAUCUAAACACUCACUCGACCAAAGAUGACGUUGUGAAUGCCAUACGAAGUCUGAGACACAAAGGUGGCAGACCCCUCAACACGGGGAAGGCGCUUGAAUUUGUCAAGGACAAUGUCUUCAAUCCUUCAGCAGGCAGCAGGCGUCUCCGGGGCGUCCCACAGUUUUUGAUCCUGCUGACCGCAGGGAAAUCGAGGGAUAACGUCCAGAGUGGGGCCUCAGCCUUGAAGGGCCUUGGAGUCGUGCCUUUGGCCAUUGGCACCAGGAACACAGACGCCGAGAGCUGCAGACAGCAGUUGGAGUCUGUCACGUUACAGAUUCCUGAAGUGGUGACAGCAGAAACGCCAACGGUCACAGGUGUCCAGCGAGAUAUUGUGUUUUUACUUGACGGUUCUGAUGAUAAUCGAAAUGGAUUUCCAGCAGUCCGUGAUUUUGUCCAAAGAGUCGCUCAAAACAUGGAAGUGGGUGAAAACAAUGACCAGGUGGCUGUGGUGCAAUUCAGCAAUGACCCGGCCGCUAAUUUCUAUCUAAACACUCACUCGACCAAAGAUGACGUUGUGAAUGCCAUACGAAGUCUGAGACACAAAGGUGGCAGACCCCUCAACACGGGGAAGGCGCUUGAAUUUGUCAAGGACAAUGUCUUCAAUCCUUCAGCAGGCAGCAGGCGCCUCCGGGCGCCCACAGUUUUUGAUCCUGCUGACCGCAGGGAAAUCGAGGAUAACGUCCAGAUGCUUGGAAUGCCAAAAGUUAAACAAGGUGAACUAACCCCAAGGCGCGAAUUUGUAAAGGGACAAUGCCCAAUCUUAAGGCGGAAAGCGCCGCCCAGGUUUGAUCUGGUGAACAGGAAAUGGGCGCCAGAUCCUCAGCUUAAGGGUGAGUCGGUUUUGGCCAUUGGCACCAGGAACACAGACGCCCGAGAGCUGCAGAGUAUCUCAUUGUCCCCGCGUGAUGUCAUUUCUGUGUCGGACUCACCGAUUCCAAAUGUUCAGCAGCAGUUGGAGUCUGUCACGCUACAGAUUCCUGAAGUGGUGACAGCAGAAACGCCAACGGUCACAGUUCGACCAAUUGGUCGCAUGAACAUUUUGAAACAGGGAUUUCAAUCAAGGCGCCAUCAUCUUCCAAAUGUUCAAAGUGUGAGGAAGCCUAAUCAGAUAUGGUACCCCCUUGUGCAGGUAUUACGCUUGGCUUGUCAGCGAGCUCUCCUUCGACAUCAGGAGUGUGAACUUGUGUCCAGCGAGAUAUUGUGUUUUUACUUGACGGUUCUGAUGAUAAUCGAAAUGGAUUUCCAGCAGUCCGUGAUUUUGUCCAAAGAGUCGUUCAAAACAUGGAACAGGCAGCAGGCGCCUCCGGGCCCCACAGUUUUUGAUCCUGCUGACCGCAGGGAAAUCGAGGAUAACGCCCAGAGUGGGGCCUCAGCCUUGAAGGGCCUUGGAGUCGUGCCUUUGGCCAUUGGCACCAGGAACACAGACGCCCGAGAGCUGCAGAGUAUCUCAUUGUCCCCUGCGUAUGUCAUUUCUGUGUCGGACUUCGCCGACCUUCCAAAUGUUCAGCAGCAGUUGGAGUCUGUCACGUUACAGAUUCCUGAAGUGGUGACAGCAGAAACGCCAACGGUCACAGGUGUCCAGCGAGAUAUUGUGUUUUUACUUGACGGUUCUGAUGAUAAUCGAAAUGGAUUUCCAGCAGUCCGUGAUUUUGUCCAAAGAGUCGUUCAAAACAUGGAAGAACACAGACGCCGAGAGCUGCAGAGUAUCUCAUUGUCCCCUGCGUAUGUCAUUUCUGUGUCGGACUUCGCCGACCUUCCAAAUGUUCAGCAGCAGUUGGAGUCUGUCACGUUACAGAUUCCUGAAGUGGUGACAGCAGAAACGCCAACGGUCACAGGUGUCCAGCGAGAUAUUGUGUUUUUACUUGACGGUUCUGAUGAUAAUCGAAAUGGAUUUCCAGCAGUCCGUGAUUUUGUCCAAAGAGUCGCUCAAAACAUGGAACAGGCAGCAGGCGCUCCGGGCGCCCCACAGUUUUUGAUCCUGCUGACCGCAGGGAAAUCGAGGGAUAACGUCCAGAGUGGGGCCUCAGCCUUGAAGGGCCUUGGAGUCGUGCCUUUGGCCAUUGGCACCAGGAACACAGACGCCCGAGAGCUGCAGAGUAUCUCAUUGUCCCCUGCGUAUGUCAUUUCUGUGUCGGACUUCGCCGACCUUCCAAAUGUUCAGCAGCAGUUGGAGUCUGUCACGUUACAGAUUCCUGAAGUGGUGACAGCAGAAACGCCAACGGUCACAGGUGUCCAGCGAGAUAUUGUGUUUUUACUUGACGGUUCUGAUGAUAAUCGAAAUGGAUUUCCAGCAGUCCGUGAUUUUGUCCACAGAGUCGCUCAAAACAUGGAAGUGGGUGAAAACAAUGACCAGGUGGCUGUGGUGCAAUUCAGCAAUGACCCGGCCGCUAAUUUCUAUCUAAACACUCACUCGACCAAAGAUGACGCUUGUGAAUGCCAUACAAGUCUGAGACACAAAGGUGGCAGACCCCUCAACACGGGGAAGGCGCUUGAAUUUGUCAAGGACAAUGUCUUCAAUCCUUCAGCAGGCAGCAGGCGUCUCCGGGCGCCCACAGUUUUUGAUCCUGCUGACCGCAGGGAAAAUCGAGGGAUAACGUCCAGAGAACACAGACGCCGAGAGCUGCAGAGUAUCUCAUUGUCCCCUGCGUAUGUCAUUUCUGUGUCGGACUUCGCCGACCUUCCAAAUGUUCAGCAGCAGUUGGAGUCUGUCACGUUACAGAUUCCUGAAGUGGUGACAGCAGAAACGCCAACGGUCACAGGUGUCCAGCGAGAUAUUGUGUUUUUACUUGACGGUUCUGAUGAUAAUCGAAAUGGAUUUCCAGCAGUCCGUGAUUUUGUCCAAAGAGUCGUUCAAAACAUGGAAGUGGGUGAAAACAAUGACCAGGUGGCUGUGGUGCAAUUCAGCAAUGACCCGGCCGCUAAUUUCUAUCUAAACACUCACUCGACCAAAGAUGACGCUUGUGAAUGCCAUACAAGUCUGAGACACAAAGGUGGCAGACCCCUCAACACGGGGAAGGCGCUUGAAUUUGUCAAGGACAAUGUCUUCAAUCCUUCAGCAGGCAGCAGGCGUCUCCGGGGCGUCCCACAGUUUUUGAUCCUGCUGACCGCAGGGAAAUCGAGGGAUAACGUCCAGAGAACACAGACGCCCGAGAGCUGCAGAGUAUCUCAUUGUCCCCUCGUAUGUCAUUUCUGUGUCGGACUUCCGACCUUCCAAAUGUUCAGCAGCAGUUGGAGUCUGUCACGCUUACAGAUUCCUGAAGUGGUGACAGCAGAAACGCCAACGGUCACAGGUGUCCAGCGAGAUAUUGUGUUUUUACUUGACGGUUCUGAUGAUAAUCGAAAUGGAUUUCCAGCAGUCCGUGAUUUUGUCCAAAGAGUCGUUCAAAACAUGGAAGUGGGUGAAAACAAUGACCAGGUGGCUGUGGUGCAAUUCAGCAAUGACCCGGCCGCUAAUUUCUAUCUAAACACUCACUCGACCAAAGAUGACGUUGUGAAUGCCAUACGAAGUCUGAGACACAAAGGUGGCAGACCCCUCAACACGGGGAAGGCGCUUGAAUUUGUCAAGGACAAUGUCUUCAAUCCUUCAGCGGGCAGCCGAAUUCGGGAAGGAGUUCCUCAGUUCCUGAUCGUUCUUGUAGGUGGCACUUCCACCGAUGACGUGCGCGGCCCAGCGGUGACCCUCAAGCAGUCCAAGGUUGUGCCGUUUGGAAUCGGAACUGGGAAUGCCAAAACGAGCGAGCUGCAGACCAUUUCCUAUAAUCCCAACUUUUCCUUCAAAGUGAACGACUUCUCCAAUUUGUUUGACAUUCAACAGCAGUUUAUAAAUUCGUUAACAGAGCUGUCUGUUGAGGAUAUCGAAAAAUCUGGGCCUGUUUAUCCAACGGAAGAGCCCGACAGAGGUGUAUUUGGUGAAAAACGGGACAUCGUCUUCUUAGUUGACGGCAGCAACAAUGUGAGAAACGAGUUUGGUGCCAUCCGUGACAUGAUCUCAAAAGUAGUGAAACGGGUAGACGUGGGCUUGAACAAAGUGCGAGUGUCGCUGGUGCAGUACAGCGAUCAGCCCAAGGUCGAGUUCCUGCUCAACGAGUUCUCAACAAGAGACGAAGUGCUGAACGCCCUGAACAGGAUGAGGGGCAGAGGCGGAAACGUCGUAAACACGGGCAGAGCCCUGGAAUACGUGGGAAGAAAUGUCUUCCAGAGGGCGGGCGGCAGCCGAAUUGAAGAAGGGGUUCCUCAAGUCCUCGUCGUGGUGACUGGCAGCCCGUCUUCUGACGACGUCUCUGGCCCCGCCGAACAGCUCAAAUUAAGCAAUGUGGCCCCUCUGGCUGUUGGAGCCAAGAACGCCGACACAAAGGAACUGAGGACCAUCUCGCUCCUGCCGGAUCAGUCUUUUGUCGUGAGGGAAAUCCGUGAUCUGCAAAACCUCGAUGACCAAGUGGUGGAUGCUGUGACAACGGUGAAGAUAACUGACCGGCCUGCGCCUACGCAAAUAAUCAUCCCAGACCUUGGGAAGAAGGAUAUCAUCUUCCUUAUCGACGGCUCUACCAACGUCGGCCCACAAGGCAUCGUGCACAUCCGCGAUUUCAUGCUGCAGGUCCUUCAGCAGCUCGACAUCAGCCCCGAUCAGAUUCGUGUCGGCGUUGUCCAGUACAGCAACACCCAGAAGACGGAGUUCUCCCUCGGGACGCACACCAACAAAAAUGCCGUUAUAAAUGCAGUGAGGAGGCUUCGUCAGCUAGGGGGCUCUCCUGCCAACCUCGCCCAGGGCAUCGAGUAUGUUUUGCGAAAUGAACUUCGAGAUUCCGCCGGAGCCCGGCCCUCAGUUGCCUCACAGCACCUGGUGGUCCUCACGGGUGGCAGCUCCUCCACUGAUGUCAGCAAUUAUGGCAACAUACUAAGAGGCUCCAAUGUGAACUGCAUUGGCAUCGGAUCACGGGAGGCUGACUUCAACCAGCUAGGUGCCAUCGCCACCAGUCCUGAUGACGUCCUCAGAGUGAAUAACUUGCAGGCUCUCAUCAAUAUCCCGGAGCGAGUCCUGGUACGACUCAGUAAAGGAAGCAUACCCACCGAGGCGCCAGAUAUAGAUGUGCCAGUACCGGAGAUUAAACCCAAAAUUGCGGACAUUGUGUUCCUCGUGGAUGGCACAAUUAAUUUUGGUCGGGACAAUUUCAAAGAGGUGAUGCAGUUCAUAAUCGGAUUGAUCGACUCCAUCUACGAUGAGAAGGACUCCAUUCAGAUCAGUUUGGCUCAGUACGCUACAGACGUAAAGGACGAGUUUCUCCUCAACACCCACAAGACCAAAGAUGACAUCAUAGAGGCCAUUGAGAAAACAAACUACCGCGGGGGCAACAAGCUGAACACGGGUGCAGCCAUCAAGCACAUUCAGGAUAAGCACUUCAUCAAGCCCUCUGGAAGCAGGCGAGACCAAGGCGUGCCACAGAUUGCCUUCGUCGUGACCGGUGGGAAGUCCCUGGAUGACGGCCAGAAGGCGGCUAUGGGGCUUAAGGCGGAGGGCUACCGCGUAUACGCAGUUGGCGUGGGCAAUGUGGAAGAUGAAAUCAAUAAGCUUGGCAGCGAAAGCACCACCGUGUUCAGAGCAGUAAAUGUCCAGGAGCUUAGUGAGCUCAACGAGCAGAUCCUAGAAACACUGGUGGACGACAUGAAGGGCAUCAAGCUGUGCACUGGCACCAAAGACAUUGUCAAAGAAUGCAAUCUCGAGGUCCUAGUAGGAUUCGAUGUGACUAACGUGAGUCCUGGAUCCAGCAUUUUUGUAGAACAGAAGGGACUGGAGUCCAAGGUGGAAGCUGCACUCCAGAGGAUUUCACAAAUGAGACCAACCAGCUGCUCUGGGACUCAGGUGCCCACCGUCCGAGUUGGCAUACUGGCAUUAAAUGCAGCCGGACAGAAAUCAGUAUUUGACCUUGCUGCUUAUAAGCCUGAGCUGGUGGAGAAGUUCAGAGGUCUGCGCACAAAGGGACCUUACAUCCUGGCCUCCAGAACGAUUAACGCCUACAGAGAUCAGUUCAAGAGCAGCGGCACGGCGGGCUCCGUUAAAGUGGUCAUUCAUUUCACCGAUGGUGCAGAUGAGCAGCUGGCUGACAUCAGGAAAUCCCUCGAAGCCAUGCGCAGUGAAGACGUGAGUGCCUUCGUCUUGGUGGGCCUGGAGAGGGCAACUGGCUUCGAUGAUCUGGUGUCGCUGGAGUUCGGCCGUGGCUUCCGCUACAGCAAACCUCUUCGGAUAAACCAGCUGGAUCUGGAUUAUGAGCUGCUGGAGGAACUGGACAACAUUGCCGAGCGAGCCUGCUGCGGUGUCCCGUGCAAGUGCUCUGGUCAGCGAGGAGACAGAGGCCUGCCGGGGCCAGUGGGCACAAAGGGAGGACCAGGAGGACCAGGAUACCGAGGCCAUCCGGGAGAUGAAGGCAGCCCGGGUGAGCGAGGCCCCCCAGGAGUGAAUGGAACGCAAGGCUUCCAAGGCUGUCCUGGACAAAGAGGCGUCAAAGGCUCCCGUGGCUACUCUGGAGAGAAGGGUCAAGAGGGAGAAAUUGGUUUGGAUGGAAUCGACGGAGAGGAGGGAGACCGGGGACUGCCAGGCCCUCCAGGAGAGAAGGGAGGCUCCGGUGGACGGGGUUCAAAGGGUGCCAAAGGAGAGAGUGGCGAAAGGGGAGAGAGCGGCCUGCGCGGAGAUCCGGGGACCCCAGGAACAGAAAACACCCAGAGAGGACUGAAGGGGCAGAAAGGAGACAUGGGGCCGAUGGGUGAGCCUGGUGAAGAUGGCAUCAAGGGGACACCCGGGGUUCCUGGAAAGAGGGGUUCUGACGGUAGAAGGGGGCCUUCUGGACCACAGGGUGUCUCUGGGGCACCAGGACCUCAGGGCUCAGCUGGAGACUCAGGAACAAGAGGAACUCAGGGCACGCUGGGCCCCACGGGCGCUCCUGGGAUCCGAGGAGAGAACGGCAAUCCAGGCCCGAGGGGUGUUGCUGGUCCUGUUGGCCCCUCAGGUGAACGUGGCCGACGUGGUCCUAAUGGAAGGAAGGGAGAACCGGGCGAUCCAGGAGACAAAGGAGUGGGCGGUCCACAGGGUCCCAGAGGAGAAUCGGGUGAAGAUGGAAGGGAUGGCUUUGGCACAUCAGGACUGAAAGGAAGAAAGGGGGACUCGGGCUUCCCAGGAUACCAAGGCCUCAAGGGAGAAGCUGGAGACGGUGGAACAAAAGGAGCUGCUGGUCCGAAAGGAAACCGCGGCAGACGGGGGAACGCAGGGGACGUCGGGCCUGACGGACAAAAGGGAGAGCGAGGCUACCCAGGACCUUACGGUCAGAAAGGACCACGGGGUGCAGGCAUAGCGCAAUGUGACCUUGUGAAGAACAUACGGGACAAAUGCCCUUGCUGCUACGGCUCCCAGGAGUGCCCCCUGUACCCAACUGAGUUGGCAUUCGUUGUUGAUUCCUCACAAGGAGUGCCCAGGGAGGUGUUUAACCGCAUGAAACGCACCAUCCUCAGCAUUGUCAACAAUCUGACGAUCACGGAGAGCAACUGUCCCCGAGGGGCGAGGGUGGCGCUGCUCUCCUUCAACAACGAGGUCGCCACGGAAAUCCGCUUUGCCGACAACCUGAAGAAGAAGCCCCUGGUCCAGAAGAUCGAGGAGCUGCAGUACCUGGCGACGACCAAGGAGCGCAGUCUGGAGACGGCCAUGCACUUCGUGGCUCGCAACACAUUCAAGCGAGUGCGCAGCGGCUUCCUCAUGAGGAAGGUGGCCAUCUUCUUCACUGGGGCGCCCGUCAAGAGCUCCGCUACGCUGGGCACGGCCGCCAUGAAGCUGUACGAUUCUGGCAUCUCUACCGUCUUCCUCACUCCCCGGGAUGACCGGGUGCUCGCCCAGGCUGUGCAGAUCAAUGGAACUGGCAUGGCGCAAGUUCUCACGCUUCCUGCUCCAGAAGGCCAGUUUAACCAGGCCCUCAAGAAGGUGGUCAACUGCCACGUCUGCCUGGAUUUCUGCAGCCCGGAUGCUUCUUGUGACUUUGUUCCCCCCGUGUCAUCAAGAGAGAGAAGAUCUUCAACGUUUGACGUGGACAUCGAUAUCGCCUUCAUCCUGGACAGUUCAGAGACCACCACCCCCCUCCAGUUUCUGGAAAUGAAGCGCUACAUCGCCAGCAUGGUGGACCACAUGGAGAUCACCGCCGACCCCAAAGCAUCAGAGCAUCACGCCAGGGUGGCCGUCGUCCAGCACGCACCCUUCGAGUUCAAACGGAACCGCAGCUCGACUCCCGCCAGGGUGGAGGUGGGCCUGACCGACUAUUCGUCUAAGGAGGGCAUUAAGGACUUUCUCGCCAACACGAUGACUCAGCUGGAAGGAGUGCGGGCCUUGGAUCGCGCCAUCGAGUACACCGUCGAGGACUUGUUUCACAAAGUGCCACACCCUCGUCCUUUGAAGGUCAUCGUGCUGAUGGUGACAGGAGAGAUACCUGAAGGUGACCUGGGACGGCUGCAGAAGACCGUGGUGGAGGCCAAGUGCAGAGGCUUCUUCAUCGUGGUGCUCGGAAUUGGCAAGCAAGCGAGUGUCAAGGACCUGUCCGGCUUGGCCAGCGAGCCCGCCGAUGUCUUCUUCAAGAAAGUGGAGAAGGUGUCCUUCUUUUAUGAGGAGCGCCUGCAGCGGUUUGCCCGUUUAAUUCCAAAGUUUAUCAGUGCUGAGAACGCCUUUUACCUUCCGAUGGAGGUGCGUAAGCAUUGCGAUUGGUUCCAGAGCGAUGACCCGAUGAAGACCCCCUUCAGACCGCCACACAAGCAGGAGAACGUCAAAGAAACAAUCCCGACGGAGCCCGUCAGUAGGCACCAAGAGCCCAAGAGCGCCACCCUGCACGCCACGAACGUGACCGCAGACAGCGCAGUACUGCAGUGGGCGAAGCUGGAGGAGAAGGCGGACGCGCGCUAUGAGGUGACGGUGACCAAAGUGGCCGACCAGGCACUGGUGCUGAGGAAGAACGUCACAGAGAGCGAGCUCUUCAUCCGCGACCUCGAGAGCAGCCAGGAAUACCGAGUGCUCGUCACCGAGUACGUGGCCGGCGAGCUCAGAGCUCUGCACCGAGGGACGGUGACAACCGGACGAGCUGAGAAGGUGACUGCCAGAGGAGAUGCCGAAGCGGGCGUGAACGCCAGUGCGGUGCCACAGGAGACUCCAGGAAAGCCGGACACGCAGCCGGUGGACAACGCAACAGCCGCUUGGGGGCUUACCGAUCCGUGCACUCUGAACUUUGACCCCGGAGCGCAGUGCAAAGACUAUCAGGCUAAGUGGUUCUUUGACACCAAAAGCGGGAUCUGUACCCAGUUCUGGUACGGAGGGUGUGGCGGGAAUGCCAAUAGAUUUGAAUCUGAGGCCGAGUGCGUUAAGCACUGCUUGAGACCAUCCGCCGAGAGCAGCAUGCCGGCCCCCCGACUGGAGGACGUCCGCUUCCCAGAUUUCUGCCAGCUUGACAAAGUCGAAGGACCAUGUGCCAACUUCACCCUGAGGUGGCACUACGAUGUGAAACUGAAGGAGUGCACGCGAUUCUGGUACGGAGGAUGUGACGGAAAUGACAACCGCUUUGAGACUCAAGAGGAGUGCGAGAAGACCUGCGUCUCAGGACAAGUCAUGGCUGGAGUCGUCGGAGCCAUCGGCACAUAAGCCUCAAGACGGAGCAAUCAACAGUUACCUCUGGAGAAGGCAGGAGACGAGCCCGUCGAGGGUCCACGAUAGCCCCCCUCUCUUUACUCACAAAGGCUGCAUGGUGUAUCUUCUGGUGCUGGCACUCCGGUGUCUCCUAUGUAUCGUAUCGCGUCUCCGCCCGUCGGUGGCUGUGCAGCGGCGAGGAGGGUCCGAGUCCUCGUCUCGCUACCCGUUUGUCGUCUUCGCUCCUCUAGCUUAGUGGCGCCUCAGUGGGGGGCUCGUCACGGUGUUUACAGCUCGAAAUGCACUACUGGGACGCACCUCUGCGAGACCCCCACUUCCAGUCCUUACAAAUGGAAUGUACUUCUUUUUCUUCUUCUUCUUCUUAGCGGGGCUUUCAUUUUUGUUUGUUUGUUUGUUUGUUUUCUUUUUUGUGACGGGGAAGGGGCGGACUUUCUAAUAAAAAGACGUCAUUUGGACA